AGCCGUGGGCUCCUCUUGUAGAUUUUUUCUAUCCAAAGGCACCAUCAGUCUUGGUCGUCGUCCAUGAUCAUUGUGCUGGUGCUUCUUCUGCGUCAUUGCAUACCAAUUUGUGCGCGGCAAUUUUGAGAUGUUUUCAUAAGUGUUUUUGCUGAUUUGGACUGGAGUGGGUCGCGCAAGUAGUGUUACAGUUUGUGUUUACGAAGAAAGAAAGAAAACAAACCCUUUUCGCGCCGCCGUCUACUUGGAAGAAUUCCAGUGAGUCGCGAUCAUCGUCGAGUUCGUGAACCUCGUCACCAUGGCCUUCACACUCCAUGACAGUGGCGCUGGCGGCGACAAACAGUAUCAAAAAGUGCAGACCCACUUAUUGCUUAUGACAAGCGGGUUCUUGUUCCCGAUCUCGUUGCCGGGACUGAACGCAACAUUACGCAGAAACAAUUUCGUGAUUCCCAUCUAUUUAACCCCGAUGUUCUUCCUCAUUGUGGGACUCAUCAUCUUCACGGACUUUACCACAUUCGUUAUUCUGGUUAGAAAAGAUGCCGCUAGAAAAGAGUCUUCCAGAAAAGGGUGUUGGCAGCACAGGACCGUUGAUUACACCAGUUAGUUGAAGAACCGUUUUGGCAAUGGGAAAAAGAAGAAUUUGUUUUGGAGUAUGCUUGAUGGACACUCAUGUCUGUUACCGCGAUACAGGUAUUUGUUUUAAAAAAAGGUUAUAUUUUUCCGUUAUGUGAAAUUUGGUUUGAUUCUUUGAUGAAAUAAGUGACAUUUAAAGUG